AAUCAGAAAAAAUGUUGAUGACCUUUUUUUUAGAUGGCCAAAUUCCAGUGUCGUGUCUCGUAAAGCUUUAAUAAACGACGUAUAACUCAUUAACCGAUGAGUUAUAACUCGUUAACUCAGACAGCGGGAACGACUCAAUAGCUUAACUCAGCACAGUGCCCAGGCCUACCGAACAGUUCAAUUUUUCUUCAGUAUCAAAUUUGGUUUUGGUUGGGUCAUUUCGACUGGUGCUGUCUCACCUGCACUCAUGACUAAAGUGACUCCAACAUGCAGAAAUCGGGUUCACGAUUACACUGCUCCAAAAUUGUAUAGUUUAGCUAAUCGCCAGAAUUUUCGGCAAAAUACAGGGUGCAACAACCAAGUGUCGUGUAGGUAUGUUUUAAUGGAUUUGCACUGUUGAUGCCAAAAUAGCAUAAAAUUGCACUUCAGUUAACCGGUAAUCGUCCACCCUGUAUGUAUAAAAUAACGGAUUUUUCACUACUUUGCCGAAACUUUACUAUUUUCCUGACGCCCCGUCGAAGGAAGCUGGUAGCAACUGUCUAUUUUAAUAAGUAAAAAAUAAGACGCGCCUCAGGCGAAAAACAAGUAGUAAAACUCAGCUAUUUUAUAGUGUUUUGUCGAAGGUUCCCACACGAAACUAUAAAAGCAUAUGCAAGCAACAUUAGUGUAUCAUUCAGGCCUUAGAAGUGCUGCCGAUGAUCAUCAAAUACAUGAACAGGUACAUCGAACCUGACGAGAAAGACCAACUGCAAAUCCCCAAGGUGAUAAUUUUGUGCUUGAGCUUCAUAUGGAACCAAAUAGCAUGCUGUGAAGACAAUGCUGCAAAGUUUGUUAAAAUGGGCGGAGUCUAUUUGAUUCUGGACGUUGUAAAGGCGGGUUGUCUGCCAGUCCAACUAGUGGCGCUUGGGGCCCUAAUUGAUCUGUGUGAAUCAACCCAAUGCAUUCCCUAUCUAAUCACGUGGAGAAAACACGGCCAGGGCAUCCAAUCUUUGCUCCUCCAGGUAUUCCGUGAUGAAAAUGAGCUGCUGGACGUCAGGACAGAUGAAAACGGGAUAAUUUCAAAUUCUCUUCAUCCAUUAGUUGGGAUGACGCAGUUCUACGAAACUUACUGUAUGUGCCAGAAGCAUGUUGGAAACGCUGCGAUUGGCGAUAUGUUUAUCAGCUGCCGACCAAAAAUCUACAGUCUUUUGCAGAUUUUAAACCACAAACAGAAGGAAACUGUUGAAAUAGCCAACGAAUUUUAUAAGGUUUAUGGGGAAGAGCUGUCGCUUAAAGACCAGGUGACUUACGUCCUGGCAGAUAACUACUUAGCGUUGAAACUGGGGGAAGAAUGGAAGGAAAUCGAGCAAGAUUUCAAGAAAAUGAACAUGCGACCAAUUCUGUUGGAUGCAAAGAUUUUGAAAGACAUGAGCGAAGUAACCGAUAAGUGGGGAAAAGAUGUUCAGCAAAUGCAAAAGGACGUCGUGAAAAAACACCACAUGAAGCAACACCAAAAAGAGCAAAUCCUCUACAAAACUAUGCGAGAGUCCCGUUUGUCUGAUGCUUGGGAAUCGCUUUGCGAGAUGAAGUACAUUGCGCGCUGCUCAGAACGUCUUUUCAGAAUCACCUCCAACUUCAACAUCCAGGCUCAGAUCAAUCGAAGCCUUCAGGUUGAUCAGUCCCAUGGGCAGAUGCAUCGCACCUUUCCAUCAAACAUAUCCAUCAGCUGCAUGCAGAAUCAGCACAUAACGAUACGACAUGAAGCGCAUGAGGAAAUGUCCAGGACAACCAAACCGAUUAUGGUAUCACCUACUUUAUCUGAAACGAGCGUACCGGACGAGGAUACGAACUAUCUUCAAGGCGAGUACCCAGUAGAAGGACACUUAAAAUGCUCGAGCCACGUAUCGGAAGAAACCCGUGCAAAUCGCUCCUAAGUGGGCCUUGUAAUUUCACAUCAGCUACUCAUAUCGUGUCCUGUUUUUUACAACUUUAUAUGUUGAAUAUUGGAUAAUAAAAAGCCUUGUUAGAAUUGA